CCAGGAUAAUCAGCUGAGGGUGACAUCAUCAUAACAACAAGGCGUGUGACGUGUUAGGAACAGGAAGAACUGUGGCUUGAGCCUUUGCUGAAACAACUGUAGAGAACUACUAUUUUGUCAAGGAUGGCCUACGUUAAGAGUGGCUGGCUUCUUCGUCAAAGUACCAUUCUACGGAGAUGGAAAAAGAACUGGUUUGACCUGUGGUCCGAUGGCCGUCUGGCUUUCUAUGAUGACCAGCAUCGUCAUGACAUGGAGGAUAAGAUACACAUGAAAGUGGACUGUAUCAACAUCCGCUCUGGGGACAUGUGCCGAGAUUUCCAGCCUCCAGAGGGAAAGGGGAAGGAUUGUUUACUGCAGGUGGUGUGCAGAGACGGGAGGACCAUCAACCUCUGUGCCGAAAGUGCGGAUGAUGCUUUGGCUUGGAAGAUGGCUCUUCAGGAUUCCAGAGUAAACAUGACAUCAAAUGGCUCUCCUCUUGGAUUUACAGAAUCCACUUUUGCCUCUGCUCCACCCCCCUACACUGAGUAUGCAGCACCUGUUCAACAGGUUUACAACUAUGAUCCUCAUGGAGCGUAUGGGCCAAUGCCACCUCCUGGCUCUCAAGUUGUUUAUGCAUCGAAUGGGCAACCUUAUGCAGUGGCCUACCAGUAUUCAUACCAAGGGCAUUACCCACCACCAGGAGUAAACCAAGUGAUUAUUCGAGAGCAAUAUCGUGAUGACACUGGCGACGUCGCGAUGGGCAUGCUGGCCGGGGCAGCAACAGGCAUGGCACUUGGAUCACUCUUCUGGGUCUUUUAAAUAUCACAGUCCAGUUAGCAGUGGCUUUGAAUUGUAGAGGCAUUGUUCAUGUGAUGUAGAAGUGAGUUCCUUCGUCUGUGCUAGCACUCUUACCAAAGCCUUUAAUGUAAAAAACACUUGCACUUUCUGACUAGUUUUUGCAUACACUCCUUUUAGUACUGAUUCUGUGAAUGUACUUACAAGAAGUUAAUAAGUAGUUAAUACAAAUGGAAAAGUAAUGGUUUGUUUAGUAAACUUUCAAUAGUAUAGUACUGUCUGCA